CAAUCGCCCAGGCAGCAUAUCAUCGCAUUCAGUCCCAAGAGCCCAGGAUUCGCCCUCGCGAUCGGUCCCAGCAACGCAUACCACACCAUCUCGACACACUCGCAGCACACCCGCAGUACACUCGCAGACAUGGACCCGGAAAUCACACCGCGCAUCAGCUCCUCGGCCGUGAGCUCCUAUGCGGGGCGGGUCGUCUUGAUCGCCGGCAACAUCACAUCCCUCAACGUUGAGAGCAAUUUCAUAGAGAUCAAGUGCUCUGACGGCGGAAGCAUCCAAGUCGACAUCGGCAUGACUGCGCUGCCUGCACUCGAGCAGAAUGCCAUCGUCGAGGCCGUGGUUAGUAUCGGAAGCGACAUGCAUAUGACACUACAGACGAUCACUCUCUUCCCGGAUGCCCCUGUGGACUGGAACGUUUUUAAUGAGGCCGUCGCUCUGACUCAUCGCUUCCCGGAUAUCUUUGGCUGAGCACGCUGAGCACGCUCGAUCGCUCUCGAUCGCUCUCGAUGUUGCCAGCCCCAUGUCAGCCUCCCUUUGCUUCGAACUUCAUUUGAUUUGCAAGCCGCUACACACCCAUGUCGUCAGCAGGACCUCUCCGCACCAACCAUUCAACCAUGGCCGGGCAGUCGGCUCUCAAUGGCUGUGACGACAGCCAAGUGCUUGAUGGCUGUGGGCGUCACCAUGGAAUCAUUGUAUUUUGGAGAACAACCGAGCCCACAAUACAACAUGCAGCGUUCUCUGU